AUGUCACCGUCGCUGGGUGCCUCGGAGCGUUCUUUUUCAAGGAAACUGUGGUGGAUCGUACUGUCCAAGGUCGUCAAAGAAGCGGAGAACGUUACCACCGGCCUCGUCAUAUCCGAACUCUGCAUAUCUGUCACGGUCCUAGCUCUAGUUUCCCACAAGACCGCCCAGAUACUCCUCAGUAAAGAUGCCCAAUUCCCUCCGAAGCUUAACUUGGCCGAAUUCAACAUACCUCUCAUCUGCACCAAAUCAUCAAUUUCAUCGAAUCAAAUCGCAAAUGACUCCUACUGCACUUCACCAUCUACAUGUACACUAUGCACACCAUUGCUGCCAACUUCGCCAAAUUGGAAUGCCAAGCGCCUCUCAAUCGAUUCUGACACCACCCUCAUCAACCACAACGACGAUUUCGUGAAGGACUUCUCAGCCGUGGGUCUUCAGGACGACAGCAACUGUUCCAGUGGUGACCUACUCCCAGGCAUGAAAACAAUUGAUGACUCAAGUGGAGCCUCUCAGCAGACGCAGCUCCAAAUUUCCGCCCGGGCAGACACAAAAUCGGCUCACUUGGCCGCUGUCCGUGACAGCAUCAAGCGUACUCAUGCCAAGCAAUUGGAACACACUACUAUGAUCAAUCAUCUUGAACAACUCCAUCACGAGCUCCUCAUUGACCAAGCUGCUCUUGUUGACGGUUGGGCAGUUGCCAUGGCGCAGCUUGGACUCGCCUCUAUGCUGUCGCCUGGACCAUCGCUUCUACACCAGACGGCGACGCCCAACCAAGGAACCUCGAUCGAAAUCAUUCAAGACUGA